AUGGCUGAAUCUCGAGGCGGUUUCGGACGUGGUCGUGGCGGUGCCGGUGGUCGAGGCCGAAGGGGUCCCCGACGAGGCGGCAAGAAGGAGGAGGACAAGGAAUGGGUCCCUGUCACCAAGCUCGGUCGAUUGGUAAAGGACGGCAAGAUCAAGUCGAUGGAGGAGAUCUACCUCUUCUCCCUCCCCGUCAAGGAGUUCCAGAUCAUCGACAUCUUCCUCCCCGCCCUCAAGGACGAGGUCAUGAAGAUCAUGCCCGUCCAGAAGCAGACCUCUGCCGGUCAGCGAACCCGAUUCAAGGCCUUCGUUGCCGUCGGUGACUUUGACGGACACGUCGGUCUCGGUAUCAAGGCCGCCAAGGAGGUCGCUACCGCCAUCCGAGGUGCCAUCAUCGCCGCCAAGCUCGCCAUCGUUCCCGUCCGAAGGGGUUACUGGGGUUCUCACAUCGCUGAGCCUCACACCGUUCCCUGCAAGGUUUCCGGCAAGAGCGGUUCCGUCAUGUGCCGAUUGAUCCCUGCCCCCCGAGGUACCGGUAUCGUCGCCGCCCCCGCUUCCAAGCGAAUGCUCCAGAUGGCUGGUAUCCAGGACUGCUACACCCAGUCCAAGGGUUGUACCGCUACCCAGGGUAACUUCUUGAAGGCUACCAUCGCUGCCCUCGCCAAGACCUACCAGUUCCAGUCCCCCGACCUCUGGACCAUCAUCGCCCCCGGUCUCACCCCCUACGACGAGCACUCUGCUUGGUUGGCCAUCGCCGCCAAGAAGGCUGCCAACUACUAG